CCUAACAGUCAAAGAUAAAGGCUAAUGUGUCCAUAGAAAUUAUGCGACUUCCAGCCUGAUUCAAACACCACUGCCUUCAAGAUGGCGCUCCUCGCUGCAAGAACGGUGGCAGCAUUUUUGGUUUUCUGUCUUCUCGCAUGUAAUCUCUCGGGCGUCUCAGCAGCGGCAAAAAAGAAGCCGCCACCUCCACCGAAAGCCCCCAGAGCAGUCAAGUCCCCUCCGCCACCUCCACCGCCACAGCCGCCUCCUCCAUCCCCACAGCCUCCCCCUCCAAAAAAGUCGCGGCCGCCCCCACCGCCACCAGUAGGAAGAUCUCCGCGUGUAAAGGUCCCCCCGCCUCCACCCUCGCCACCUCCUCAAAGGGCUUCCCCACCUCCACCUUCUCCCCCUCCUCCGCAGGCCUCCCCACCCCCUCCCUCACCGCCUCCUCAAAGGGCUUCCCCACCUCCACCUUCUCCCCCUCCUCCGCAGGCCUUCCCACCCCCUCCCUCACCGCCUCCACCUCCACCUCCCCCCUCACCGCCUCCGCCCUCACCCUCACCACCUCCCCCCUCACCGCCUCCGCCCCCACCUUCGCCGCCCCCGCCGUCGCCACCUCCCACAACUUCCCCAUUUCCACCCCCGCCAACACCUAGCGCUUCCUCGCCACCUCCACCUUCCCCGCCUCCACCCUCACCGCCACCUCCACCUUCCCCGCCUCCACCCUCACCGCCACCUCCACCUUCCCCGCCUCCACCCUCUCCACUGCCACGCUCGCCACCUCCACCUUCCCCACCUCCUCCCAAACCUGUCUCGCCGCCACCACCAGCCCAACCUGUAAACUUCACUGCCUGCUCAGAUGUGGCGGCCUUGCUUAACAGCACCAACUUUUACCGCGCCUGGCACCAGGCCAACGCCCUGACCUGGGAUAACAGCCUAGCCAGCAGCUCGCAGGCGUAUGCGGAGACACUGGCGGCCCAAGGCUGCCCCCUAAUACACUCGGGUGGCGGCUCGUAUGGAGAAAACCUAUACGCGAAGUAUGCAUACCCCAAGUUCACGGAGAAGACUUGCGAGCCCGCAGUCCCCUCCUGGUACAGCGAGGUCGAGACGUACAGCUUCACCACCACACCCUUCACCGACAACUGGACACCCACCAACAUGAUUGGACACUUCACACAGCUUGUCUGGCUCAGCACCACUUCCAUGGGCUGCGGAGUAGCCCUGGGUGACUACGAGACGUCCUGGGGCACGGGCAGCUGUAAGGUGGUGGUGUGCCAGUACGCGCCUCCCGGCAAUUGGGCUUCGGACAGUUACUUCCUGGCUAACGUGCUGCCGACUGUUGGUGCGCAAGCGGCAUUGCCCCCUCCGCCGCCGCCAACCCCGCCUCCGAACGCCAAUUACCAGGGCGGCAGCUGCCCCGACGUGGCGGCGACAGUCAACGCCACCAACUUCUACCGCGCCUGGCACCAGGCCAACCCUCUGGCGUGGAGCAGCGACCUGGCCUCCUCUUCACAGGCGUAUGCGGCAGUGCUUGCGGCCAAGAACUGCAGCCUGGUCCACUCGGGUGGAAGUGGCUAUGGGGAGAACCUUUACAUGAAAUGGUGGUACCCCACAGGCACGGAUCAGACUUGCGCACCCGCAGUGACCAGCUGGUACAGUGAGGUCUCGCAGUACGUUUUCAGCUCCACCCCCUACACCGACAACAGGAACAAGAUGAUUGGGCACUUCACAGCAUUGGUUUGGCGCAGCACCACUUCCUUUGGCUGCGGAGUGGCAAUGGGUGAUUACGCGUCACCUUAUGGCCCAGCAAGGUGCAAGGUGAUCUGCUGCCAGUAUGCUCCCCCGGGGAACGUGAUAACAAACAACUAUUACCUGGCAAACGUGCUGCCGAAAGUGGCCUAAGGAAGACCAGGAAAUGAUGAUGCAGAAGAGGAGGAUGGGAGUACCCGGUGUUCAGGGUGGGACGUACAUAAAGCUGUCCGCUCGCCUGGCUGUUUUGCUCUCGCCUGCUCGGCUUGAUAGUAGGAGGAUAGUCAUGAGUGUCGCUACAUGGCCAUGUCCUGACAGUCCAUAGUUAGUUUAGGAUAGCAACUCUACUGGAAGGCCGCACCGCACGGCCAGGGCACCGCAUGAGGUGCGCUCUGCGUCUGUACGUUGUGAUGGGUGAAUUGACUUGCGCUGUCUCGCAUACCUCAGUACCUCAGUACCAGUAUCCAGAUGUUUGGUUGUCCGUCUUAGUUAUUUACCGCGAUCUCGAACCCUGAAGAAUUACCUGGGAAAUAGAUACAAUGUAAGCGCAUUCCUAAGCGUGUAUUCGUGGUCGUUGGGUUGCCCUAUGCAACUAGCCCUUACUCAUUAGGCCGUUAUAAGUUCCAAAUGUUCCUGGUCCUCGUUCUGAGCCUACUCCGCCAGCUGCCAUAGUGCUGUCCGCAGGUAUCGUGUUUCGGAUAUCACACGUGAUGUGGGCUAUGGUGGCUUUGAUGGUCGUAUGGGAAUACAAUGGUCAACUCGCGCAAGCGCGCAACAUAAAAAGUCGGCGCCAGGGGUUAAACAAACUAAAUCACUUUUCUCUAAGUGAUUUUUACAGGGCGUUCAGGCCAGGAGUCUAAAUGUGCACCGGUCGGC